UGGGGUUCAAGUACAACCUGGGCUCUUUGCUGCAUCUCAUCUGUUGCUUUCACAUAAAGUUAAAUUAUGAAAUGAUAUAUUUUAAAAAGUUAUCCUCAACUAAAUAACAGAAGUAAACUGAAGUUGGUUGAACAGAGAAAAUGACACAUUGUAAAUUUGUGUUCAUACAAAUGAUGUAUUGACACUAAAUAUUUUCCUUGUACUCUAGUGUGCUCUUUUAGCCUCAACAGAAGUUUCAUGUACAGUGUGUUUUUCCUUCCCUUAGGUUACAAAUCCUGCUGCCAUGCUACAACAAACUAGUUGAGCCAUCCCUUACCCCCACACAGACUUUGAAUGGAGACCUUGUGAAAAAACUGUUUCAUCAGAAGUCCAUUUAUGUCAGGCCUGACAAAAUUAUUUUAAUCAUGUUCUGAUGGAGAAAGAAGCUGUACAAACGACCCUGGUUUGUCAGAAAUAUCUGACACUGACAAAUGUGCACAUACCUUGACUUAUUUGAGGAAGAAUACCUCUCUGAUGACCCUGAUCUCCAGGAAACCAUUUCCGGGUCUUUAGAUACCAGCACAAGUGAGAGUGAUUUAAAGAUGACUUUAGAGAGAAUAAUGGAGGAUAUUUCAUCUAGAGUAAAUCAUGACAGCACCAUAUGCUUCAAUAUCAUAAGAAGAAGUGUGUGGGAUGGAGCAUCCAGAGCCAUGAGCAGAUCCAAUUUUUCACCCCAGAGGGGGGUAGAUGUCAAGUUUACUGAUGAUUAUGGAAUAUCUGAGGGUGCCGUGGAUAAUGGAGGACCUACUCGGGAGUUUUUCCGACUCUGUCUUCAUGAAAUCAAGGACAAAAUUGGCAUCUUUGAAGGUCCAUUUGAUACCAAAGUCCUCACAUGCAACUCCAGAGCAAUGAAAGACAAUGGAUAUUUCAAUGCUGGUCAGAUUAUGGCAAUGUCAAUUGCCCAUGGAGGACAGAGUCGAUGUUUCCUGUCUGAACUCUUAUAUGAGUGUCUUCAAAAAGGUCUGGACAAUGUAAAGGUCAAAACUGAACAUAUUACUGAUGAAGAAACAAGGUCACAGGUGCAGUCAAUCUUACAAGCUGAGACAGAAUCUCAAUUGCAAGAUGCAGUUGCACAGGCAUCCAGCUUGAUUAGUCUUGCAGGUCACAAUGUUUGCAUUACACUGCAAAACAAACAAGAGACUGUUUUGGACUUGACUCACUGGUAUGUCCUCCAGCGGACUCGUGCACCUUUUGAAAGGUUCAGAGAUGGCUUAAUGUCUCUAGGUGUCCUAGAUGCUCUCCAGAGACACCCUCUACAGAUGAAGUGCCUUUUUGUGAAGGCUGAAAAGAGAUUAACAGCAGCUGAAAUAGAGAAUCUCUUCCGGAUCAUUCAGUCUGAAAGAGGGAGUAAUGGAUUCGAAGAAGAGUGCCGUACCCUGGUUUUCUGGCAAGACUACCUUCAGGAUGCUGAAUUUGAAAACAAUGUCCCUCUGGAGGAUAUUCUUGUUUUCCUCACUGGAUGUGACAGUGUUCCAGCACUGGGCUUCUCUCCAAAGCCAAGCCUUGAGUUCAUUACUCAUUCCCGGUUUCCACAGGCAAAUACUUGUGGAAAUAUUCUUCGCAUUCCGGUUCAUUCUGAAUACACUGCUUUCAAAUCUGACAUGGAUUUUGCCAUAUGCAAUUCACCAGGGUUUGGAAGAGCGUGAGAUGUAAUAUUAUGGAGGGCUUUUAGAGCUUGAAUUAUGAUGAAGAUGUUUGCUUGUUUUUCAAAAAUAAUUGCUGCUAUUUCAUUUUGUUUUACCUAUAGACAGUAUUUACUUGA